AUACCCCCCGGACGCCUCCCCGUUCCAACCUUACUCUGCAGCCUCGGAGCAGCCGCCUCCCUUCCAAGAACACACAACGCAAGAGGAGCAGAGCAGUUCAGAUCAGAGCAGGGAAGGAGCAAGCACAAUGGGGAGGGCUCCGUGCUGCGAGAAGAUGGGGCUCAAGAAGGGUCCAUGGACGCCGGAGGAGGACAAGGUCCUCGUCGCCCACAUCCAGCGCCACGGCCACGGCAACUGGCGCGCCCUGCCCAAGCAAGCCGGGCUGCUGCGUUGCGGCAAGAGCUGCCGGCUCCGGUGGAUCAACUACCUGCGGCCGGACAUCAAGCGGGGCAACUUCUCCAAGGAGGAGGAGGACACCAUCAUCCAUCUCCACGAGCUGCUUGGCAACAGGUGGUCCGCAAUUGCCGCCAGGUUGCCCGGGAGGACGGACAACGAGAUCAAGAACGUGUGGCACACCCACCUCAAGAAGCGCCUCGAUGCGCCGGCUCAGGGCGGUCAUGUCGCGGCGAGCGGCGGCAAGAAGCACAAGAAGCCGAAGAGCGCGAAGAAGCCAGCCGCCGCCGCCGCCGCGCCGCCGGCGUCGCCCGAGCGGUCCGCCUCGUCGUCGGUGACGGAGUCCUCGAUGGCCUCGUCGGUGGCGGAGGAGCACGGCAACGCCGGGAUCAGCUCGGCGUCCGCGUCCGUGUGCGCCAAGGAGGAGAGCUCCUUCACCUCGGCUUCCGAGGAGUUCCAGAUCGACGACAGCUUCUGGUCGGAGACGCUGUCGAUGCCGCUGGACGGGUACGACGUGUCCAUGGAGCCCGGCGACGCGUUCGUCGCGCCGCCAUCCGCCGACGACAUGGACUACUGGCUCGGAGUGUUCAUGGAGUCCGGCGAAGCGCAAGACUUGCCGCAGAUCUAGAGAAAGAGAGAGAAUUUUACCGUUUCUUCGGUUAAUUGAUUUGUUUUUUCUCUCUCUGCCGCCAUCUUGCACCGGAGGGACAUAGCUAACAGACAAGAGUGUCCAUGAGCGAAUCAUCAAGCAGGAAGAACGCGAAUCAUGCGAUGCGAUGCGAUGAGAUGCACCCAGUAGCUUUGAUAGUUAAUUUUCUUUUUUUACCUCCUUCCUGUAUGUAUAGAAACAGAAGAGAUCAGUGAUCGAAACCUGAGAUCCUUUCUCACAAUGUGCAAACUGGAUCAUCAGAAAACGGGCUCUGCGUUUCUCAUUUGAUUAAUUAAAUUCAACUUGCACGCUAA